CGUGUGUUCGAACUCGAUCGCAACCGCCCAGUGGUUGUCACCCGUUCCGUUCGUUGGAGAUCGUUCAUCAUUUUUUGGGGACUCCCUGUUCGCCACGSGCUUGCGAAGCAGGAGGCCGUGUCAAGAAUUCGAGGCCAAAGACCUUGGUUGUGCCGACACCGUUUUUCAUCUCGCUCAUCCACAGUAAUGGCAAAGAUGCUCCCCUCCCUCAUCGUGUUCGAUCUGGACGAUUGCUUGUGGACCCCGGAAAUGCACGAGCUGCCUGGCUGCCCCGAAAUMCCAGUGCACGGAGAUCUGACCCCAAAACACGGCAACAGCAAGCAAGCACAUCAACCACCGCGGGAGCAGGUGGGAGUCGUGGGCCUUCAGGUCCCCCGCUACCGCGACACGGUUACCUUGUACGACGGCGCCCGGAGCGUCCUCUAUGAACUCGCCACAAAUCCGAUCUACAAGGGCAUCCAGUUGGCAACGGCCUCCUCCUCGCUGGAACCCUCCUAUUCGUACGCGUGCCUGGGCGGGAUCGAGAUUCUUCCUGGGUUGUGCCUGGGCGAUAUGAUGAGCUACAACCAGAUAGGGCGCACCGGCGCGCUGUCCCCCGACAAGACCACUCACUUUCGGRAGCUUCACGAAGAAAGCGGCAUCCCGUACGAAGAAAUGCUCUUCUUUGACGAUUGGUACGCAAAACACUGUACUGAACCACCAACUGUUGAGUCGAUGCUAUAUGUCUUGUCUUGUCUAUCGUGCUCCGUUUCUUUUGCCUUCUCCUUUGUUUGUUUCAUGUGUCUGUCUUUCUGUACUACAAUAUUUUUUCGAUAGUUUUAUGUUGCAUUAAACCACAUUCUGCUACCAUAUCAGAUCUCGAUCUCAACAACUAGUAUUGUUCUUGCGAUUUUAUCUGUCAUUUUUCGGUUAGCAAUUGGGGCGAUCACUGCCAGAGAGUCACAAAGGCGUUCGGAGUGGUAAGCCAGAGAACGCCGCAUGGAUUGCAAUGGGAAGAAUUCCAAAAGGCCCUUAAAAAAUACGAAGGCACUCAAAAACAAAAUCGGUGACAAUACCUGCAGUUUCGUUUGAUGCCAUGGUUCUUUCGCCGAGACGCGUUGUUGUGCACAAUCCUAGAAGCCUUUGGAACAUGAUCGGUGGGUUGAUUGGUUCGUUUGUUCAUWUCUCGUCGCUGGACCCAUGCGCAGCAGUCUCGGAAGGCGUGAAUUAUACGGUAGUKGUAAAAARCCGUUGGCGAUCAACYUCGAAGAUUAUGAAAUAAGUCGUGAGCCAAUCAAGCCAACGAUUUAGUAUCUAUGCACAAUACAAGUAAAAUAUGGCU